AUUUUUUACCAGCCCCGCCUUCUUUUGCAAGUUUAUAGCUAGAUCUAGAUAAAAAUGUCUGAGGUUGAGUACAAGCUGAUCAAGAAAGUAACAUGUUCUCAAGAAGCUCAAAUCUUCUUCGACAAAGCUAUACUUCAAGCAUACGGUUUCAACCAUGAAGAGGCCAUUCGAUGUUUAGAGGAGUGCCUCAGCAUGGAUUGCAACUGUGCCAUGGCUCACUACUUCACUGCUCACUGCUAUGCUCCCAACUACAACAACCCUGAUGGUCUGGACAGUGAAAAGGCCUAUGAGUAUGCCCAAAAGGCUCUUGCUCUGUAAAAAACAAGUAAAAACAAGUCUUUUACCGAUUGGGAGGUUGCACUGAUUGAGGCCCAAGCAAUCCGAUUUUGUUCUCCACUACCACAACACAUAACUGGAAAGGUCAUCCUAAGUGCUACAGAAUACACAAGGAAGUAUGCGAACACCAUGCGAGAGGUGUACAAGAAAUUCGACACUGAUCCAGACAUAACUUCUCUUUUUGCCGAGUCGUUGAUGUUGCUAGCUCCGUGGUCCCUCUGGACAUCACCUCCUGACAUCACUGCCGCAAUUCCCGAAACAAUGGAACUGGUUUCGGUACUAGAGAAAGGCCUGAAAGAUCAUCCUCAGCAUCCCGCUUUGUGCCAUUUCUAUAUUCACACUAUGGAGUUGUCUGCGACCCCCGAAAAAGCCAUGCCCGAAGCCAAUGUACUGAGAGUCCGAUACAACCAAGGACAUCUCCUGCACAUGGCCAGUCACAUUGAUAUGUGGGUGGGUCACUACAAGGAGGCGAUCGAAAGCAAUGUCAAAGGAAUAGAAGCCGACGAGCAAUACCGAAAAGAAAGCGGACAAGAAAACAACUUCUACAAGGUGUACCGAAUGCACAACUAUCACUUCUUUGCUUGGGCAGCUAUGUUCAAUGGACAAUUUUCUAUUGCCCUGAAGAAUGCAGAAGAAGCUGAGCGACAAUUGGAUAGAGAAGCUGUCACUUGUGAGCUUGGAGAUACCCAGUUUGGCUCUACUUAUCUGGAAUCGUUUGCUACCAUCUCUUGGCAUGUUUUGGUUCGAUUUGGAAAAUGGAAAGAGAUCAUUCAACGUCCACUAAAAGAAGAUGCUGAGCUCUACCCGUGUGCAAUGGCAAUGGCAUACUAUGCCAGAGGAGUUGCAUUUGCAGCUCUGGGACGGUUAGAGGAAGCGGAGAAAGAAAGAAAAGAGUUUCAGAAAACACUGCAAGGCAAAUCGUUAGAGGGCCGUCUCCUCAUGAAUAACAAAAUGCAUGAUUCAGAGAAUCAAAGAGGCAUCUUGAACGUUGCUGAAGCUGUUUUGGAUGGUGAAGUGGAGUAUCACAAAGGCAACCAUCAGUUAGCCUUUCAGCACCUUCGUCUAGCAGUUGAGCGAGACAUGAGAUUGAUCUAUGAUGAGCCAUGGGGGUGGAUGAUGCCUGCCCGUCAUGCACUGGGUGCACUGUUGUUAGAGCAGGAAGAGUGUGAGGAAGCUGAAGCCGUGUAUCGUGAGGACCUGAAAAUCUAUAAAGACAAUCUCUGGGCACUUUUGGGUUUGUCCAAGGCGUUGGAAGGUCAGAACAAGAUUGAAGAAGCAGCCAGUGUGAGAAAGAAGUUCGAACAAGCUAACUUACAGGCUGAUGUAGAGAUUACAGCAUCUUGUUUCUGUGCAACAAAGGCUUGCUAAAUUUACACAUAAUUUCUUUAGUUAAUUAUUUUUGUACUUGAUGUAUUACUUACUGUUCGAAAAGUACAAUGUGUAUUGGCCAUGUAUUGCAUUUGCAUUAAUUGACAGCAAA